AUGCACAUUGCCAUUCUCGGAGCUUCGCGAGGUUGCGCCAACUUUGCAGCCUUUGAACUCCUCCAAAUGGAUCCAGAUAACAGGCUCACCCUUCUGCUCCGUAAACCCGAUGCGAUCCAUCUCGAUCCAUUAUUAGGCCCGUACGUCAAUAACGGUCGGAUCCACGUCUUCAAAGGUGACGCAACGGUCGAAUCGGACGUCGCAAAGUUGUUCAAGGGGCCACCAGUGGACCUCGUCGUCUCGGGCAUCGGCGGCGUCCCGAGCAUUGGCCUGUCUGGCAUCAAAAUGGCAUCACCCAUCUGUACCAACGCUGGGAUCGCGCUCGCCAAUACCUUGUCCCAUGUCCCUGAACCCAAACCUAGAGUGGUGAUUAUCUCUUCGAUGGGUAUGGGAGGAACACAUCAUUACAUGCCUCUCCUUCAUCGAAUCAUAUACCCUUGGUUAUUGCACGACCCGCAUCAGGAUAAAGAGGCCUAUGAACAGAUCCUCAAACGAGCAUCACGGGGAUGGGAAACGCCCGAACUCGACCUCACAAUCGGCGAUGAGGUAUUGAGCGAAAAGGCCUACGAGGGAAUACCGGAAGACGUGUUUGAUCAGUUGAUCAUUGUCCGACCGGCUUGGCUCGUCGAUGGACCAGUAACAGAUCAAAUGCGAGCUGCGGAGGAUCUCAAUACUUGGACAGCUAGGCGAUCUGACGUCGGUAGGUUCAUCGCCAGGGAAUGUACGCAGAGCGAGAGUGUAUGGGUCAACCGAGGGGUCAUUGUGGGCUUCUAG